CUUCACUCCAAAAGAACUAAAAAGAAAAAAAAGUCCCCUCGCUGCAUGACAGCCACCAACCAACUCCCGUCCAGGACUCCGUGUGUUGUCGCUGCCGCUGCGGCUCAGUGGGCCUGUACAGUGCUUUAAGGGUGGGACGUCCUUACCUCAUCCAGCUCGGGCCUGGACCCAGACUGCCCUGGCCCGACUAGGUACCUGAAGAGGGGGACCUUGUUGUCAAGCCAUGUGGUGUAUCAAAUCCCAAAGAGUCGAAACUCCAGCCGGCCUCAUCUUCAUCCCACCGAGUAUCCAACGCUUCUCUUCUUCUUCUACUCCUCUUCCCAUAUUUUAGCAGUCGCUGUUUGCACUGCGCCGGUGAUGCAGACCAUUCCACUCACGUAUCAGCGGUGGCUCUAGCAUCAUGGCCGACUUCGAUCUAUACGAGUCUCUCGAGACCAAGCACCAAUUUUGGGAAGAGCUCGACGACGUCGUCACUACCCAAUACCAGUCCCACGACUUAAUCGACGAAACCCUGCGAUCGUGGCUCUAUCUUACUUCGAGGUUUAGAGACAAGUUCCCCGAGAACGAAAAUGAUGUCGCCACCUGCUGCGAGAAGCUGCUGCAAUGCAAGCUGUUUCAAGACAACAAGGACUACAUUCGCAACCAGAUCGUCUACAGUCUUUUGCAGGAGGAUGAACCCCCGUCGCUGCACGCCAUUGUACUAUUCCUUUUGCUCGACGGCCAUGCCGACGAGGCCUUAUACUCUCGUAUGAUCGAGGAGGCGUGCUUCCCUCGCCUCCUCGAGCUGAUUAACGGACGUAAAGACCAGGAUCUGAGGCUGCAUCGCUUGCUUCUGGAGCUGAUGUACGAAAUGUCCCGGGUCGAAAGGUUGCGCACCGCCGACUUGCUCCAGGUCGACGAUGGCUUCGUUGCAUACCUCUUCCAGAUUAUCGAGGAGUUAUCCAACGACGUUCACGACCCAUAUCACUAUCCAAUUAUCCGAGUGCUGUUGGUUCUCAACGAACAAUACAUGCUCGCAUCCACCGACGUCGCCUCCGAUCCGAACUCGCCCACAGCCCCUCUCACGAAUAGGGUGAUCAAGUGCCUUAGUCUCUACGGCGAUUCGUUCCGCACAUUCGGAGAGAACAUCAUUUUACUUUUGAAUCGUGAGACGGAGACGUCUCUGCAACUCCUGAUCCUGAAACUCCUUUAUCUAUUAUUUACAACCAAAGCCACAUAUGAAUACUUCUACACAAAUGACCUCAAGGUUCUCCUUGACGUUAUCAUUAGGAACCUGAUGGACUUGCCGGACGAAAAGAUAUCGCUUCGCCACACAUACCUCCGAGUCCUGUACCCACUCCUGGCGCACACGCAACUUAGCCACCCGCCGCACUACAAGCGUGAUGAGGUACUCAAGGUCUUGAGGAUUCUGGGUGGUUACGGAAAUUCUCACUUUGCCCCUGCGGACGAAACGACGGUGCGUCUAGUCGACCGAGUCUCGAAAGUGAAAUGGCUUGUCGACCAGGAGGCUUCUGGAGAGGCAGAGGUGGCUCGGAAGUUCCUGGGAAUCAGUCUCACACGUUCGGACACGGCGAGCAGCGUUAGUGUUGUCGACGUCGCCGCCGUCAUGGAGAAACCGGGAGUCAUCACUCCGAGUCGCAAGGCCGAGGCAGACGCGGAAGCCAAACAAGGGGAGGCAAAGGCCGGAGCAGGCACUGUGCGGCCGAAGAAGCCGUUGCCCGAGGUACCGAAACACCGACAUGGCGUGCCGGUCGGACCGACGACGACGUUGCAUUUGAAUGGACAUAAGAAGAUACCACCAAAAGCACCGCCGCCACGGAGAAAGACGAAGCUCCAACCUUUGGAGCCCGUAGCGGAUAGUGCCCCUAUGCCAGAGGCUUGAAAAGAGAUCUGGACGUGAGCUGGCCUGGUCCUGGCGGCUGGAUCAAACGACGAAAUGAAUUGGGACAGGUGUUUGCUCGAUUUGACGACAUGGGCUGGAGUUGUGGACUUGGAAACCAGAGGAGGCAUAGCAAUCGCAACGUUGAGGAUGGCGUCGAGCGUUCGGGUUACGGUCAUAGCAUAUCAUGGCGUUUGGGAUCCCGAGGACUGCUACACUCAGUCCAAAGACGGUAUUACCGCCACCUAGCAGCUGCAAAAUUUACGCAUUUUGAGUGGAUGAGACGAAGAUCGAGAUCAAGCAAGCGUGUGUGCGUUUGUGCGUUAACGGAUGUGUUGUUCACUAUCAACAUCUGUGCUGAAUGCGAAAACUUGGUCGGAAGUCACUAGGAAGUAUCGAAGGGUGAGAUCGGAGUUAAUUUAGAUUCACUUCAUCUGGAAGCAACAUGAGAUGAACGCUGUAGGUCCGCUACUUCCCAACUUCAACUUUACUCGUAAACCUAGAGGCACAGACUCGGCAUCAUGGACGACAACAGAUAAACAACAUUUAGGGUUCAUCCGAGGCCAGGUUUCCGUACUUGGAUUUUCCGCACACACGGAAGAAGUCUGCAAAUGAAUAUCCCAUGUACCGAAGUCGAGGAGGAUCAGGUGUGAAUAUAGCGCAGAGUUGAGACCAAUCCAAUCAAGGAUGACAGAAAAUAGUAAAAGAAGAAGCACAUUUUUAUAACCCAGCAGAAGGUUUCACCAAAAUGUCAUAGAUCGUCAGCAUGCAGCAACCGCAGAUUCGCGAACUUACACCACCGCGGAGUUUGACGAUGUCUACAGCAAAACCUCAAAAAACAUACAACACCAGGUAUCCGCUGGUCGUCACCGACCCAACUACUAAUCCGGCCCUCAUUGGCUUAUCUAUGGGAGAGCGGACGGGAUCCCGAGUUUUCCAAUGGGUAUGGUCGUAUGUGGUUGCUUGAGGAAGUAAACUUGACUAUAUCGCGGGUGUUCGCUGGGGAGAAUCUGAUCUCAGUGACUUGGUGAGGUGCGGUGCCUUGCUGUGUCAAAAGAGUAGGCGAUACAGACUAUGCCACGCAGACCUCUAAUCCACUAAAAAAUCGCGUGACAAUAGUGCUGAUGUGUGUUGUUCGAGGUGUCCCUCCAGUACCUACAUCAAAAUUUCGUACGUCUGAAGAAACGGCUGCACUCGCCACUGUCGACCGUUGUUGAAUCACAGCGGAUGGAGGGGUUUCGUGAAUGUCCGAUGGGCAGGCUCUCACCCCACGCAGCCACACUCAUGUCAGCACUCAGCUCAAAGUUGGAGGCACUGCCCGGGCAUGCCGAUGGAACUCGGCCCCGGGGGGCUCGGGGGAUUGUUUGCGGCCAGAAUGCGAUAAACACGGG